AUGGAGCAAGGCUGGAGUGGAUGUACCCUCCAAGGACCAAAGACUAACUCCUGGCUUGAGGGCGAAGCGCGUUGUGUGCUGCCUAAUGGAAUAGUAUAUGAGGGCCAAUUCAAGGGGGGUGACUUUCACGGGAAGGGUGUUCUCAUUUUCCCUGAUGGGGGUCGUUAUACCGCUGAGUGGGAGUGUGGGCGCUUGCAAAGCGGAUACUAUGCAUUUAAGGAUGGCCUUCCCUACCAAAUGCAGAAUUGGUCAUACCUUGCGCCAAGCGACCGUCGCUUUGUAGAAGAAUUUCGGCAUGGGUUUGAUUCCAGGGAGCAAUGCACAAGCGUGAAAGUGCCGAAUGGGACCUAUGAUACGGGUAGUGCCUUCUCAACCGCACUCCGCCGCUGCUCCCACAGGCACCUUUCCAACUCCAAUGUGACCAGAUUGCAUCAAAGCUGA